AUGUCGGCCAAAUCCGUAUCCCUUACACUCAUGUGGCCUAUUCUGGCAUUACCUGCACUCGUGUCAGGCAUGGUCGGUUACCACACAGCCGGCCUGAGAUACAACUCCACCCAUUCGUUUUGUGCCAGCAACUGCCGUGCGGAUGACGUCUACUACACCGACCAGGGUGAAGCAUGCUUUAUGCCUGAUGCUUACGUCGCUUACGAUGAUGAUAUGGGGUACAUGUACUGCAAAGGCGGGAAAUUCGAGCUACCAUCGGGGUCCGUGAACAUAGCCGGGUCUGACUUGCUUAAGUCCUGCUGGUUUCUCCCCGACGAGCAAUUCAACAAAGUCGAGAUCGACGGGAAACUUGUCAUAUCGUGUAGCGCAAACAGGGAAUUGGCCGCCGUUGACACGUCCCAGUAUCGUGAUUUUGAGACCCAUCAACAGGUGGUCGAAGCAUUGAAGGCGUUGACAGAAGAAAAGACGGAAGAACCCAAGACAGAAAAAACCAAGGCAGCAAAACCCACCCAGCUCUGUUAUGGACAAGACAAUUGCAAGCCUGUGUGGGACUAG